GAAAGCCGUCUUCCAUUUGGUGGGCAGUUCUGUUACUUGAGAGCACUCGGGGGGACACGGGACUUUGCAAGUCUGACAUCUACUUGGUGAAGAGGAACACAAAAUGUCGGACGCAGUUGUAAGCUUCCUUAAGGAUUUUUUGGCAGGUGGCAUUGCCGCUGCCAUCUCCAAGACUGCUGUUGCCCCAAUUGAGAGGGUGAAACUAUUGCUGCAGGUGCAACAUGCCAGCAAACAGAUCACUGUGGAAACACAAUACAAAGGGAUUAUGGACUGCGUAGUGCGAAUCCCUAAGGAACAAGGCUUCCUUUCGUUCUGGAGAGGAAAUCUGGCCAAUGUGAUCCGGUACUUCCCCACCCAAGCCCUCAACUUUGCCUUCAAAGACAAGUACAAGAAAGUUUUCCUCGGUGGGGUGGACCAGAAAACGCAAUUCUGGCGCUACUUUGCGGGAAAUCUGGCUUCUGGAGGAGCUGCCGGUGCCACCUCCCUGUGUUUCGUGUACCCACUUGACUUCGCCAGAACCAGGCUUGCGGCCGACAUCGGCAAGGGCACUGCAGAGAGAGAGUUCACCGGCCUGGGCAACUGCAUCAGCAAGAUCUUCAAAUCCGAUGGCCUUAAGGGUCUUUACCUCGGAUUCAACGUUUCCGUCCAGGGAAUCAUCAUAUACAGAGCCGCAUACUUCGGAGUCUAUGAUACUGCUAAAGGUAUGUUGCCAGACCCUAAGAACGUUCACAUCGUUGUCAGCUGGAUGAUCGCCCAGAGUGUCACUGCUGCCGCUGGCCUAGUGUCUUACCCCUUUGACACGGUUAGACGUCGUAUGAUGAUGCAAUCAGGUCGUAAAGGAGCUGACAUCAUGUACAAGGGCACAAUUGACUGCUGGAAGAAGAUAAUGAAGGAUGAGGGAUCCAAAGCCUUCUUCAAGGGCGCGUGGUCUAACGUCAUCAGAGGCAUGGGCGGAGCUUUCGUACUGGUGUUGUACGACGAAAUAAAGAAAUACACAUAAACAUUCACUAUUAGACUGAAGAAAUUCUUCAAGCUUCACGAGUCUUAACCUUGUACAAACAUGUCCAUAGUGAAUGCAGGGGUAGCGUUGUAUUUCUUGCAGUCAGCCAUAAGAGGACUACAUCCGGAGAGCAAACACAACAAUGACGACAUUAACAAGAGUCUGUGACUUACUCGAUUUUCUAGGUCUAACACUGUUCUUUUAACGUUGUUAUAUGCACUUAUUUGUAACGUGUUCUGGAGAAGAAGAAAAAAUGCCUUAAAGUAAACAACAAAAUGACAUGUCCUUCUGACCAAUGUCGCAGACAAUAUAAUUAUGUCCCUUUCGAAUCUGUACAUAUCUCUCUCAGUGCCUGAUAGGCAAACGCAUAGUCACGUGUCUGGCCAGUUCUGGAGAGAGUGUCUCCCCAUUUAAAGUAGGAAACAACAAUGUGAUUCUUUAGAAUAGGUCACCCGUCCUACAUUCGCACAAUACAUAACUUUUCACUUUUGCAGCUGCUAUACAAGCAAGGCCUUUUUUCUUGAGGUGUUACCAACAUGUGCUCUUUUAAUGACAAUAAAAUAAAUAACAAGUA